AUGGAUCAUGGCCGAACAAGAAGAACCCUAGCCAAGGCCAGCCAGCCUUUGAGCGAGAAGGACUCCGCUCUCGUUGGGAUUCUCAAAAGCCGCUUCCGGGAUGCUACUGCACAAUGGCAAGCGGCCGAGACGCCGACUCGGACGGCGUCAACGGGCGCACCGCAGACUGCCAGUCGCCAAUGGACACCACAUACGAUGACGGCAUCUCACAGGGCCCCAAAGGGCAAAGGCAUCUGGCUUUUCCGAACUAUGCCCACUUGGGACGUUCUAGCGCGAACGAGGAGCAGGGCCAGAUUCGAGCAGUGUAUGGAGUAUGACUGGCUAUUUCCUUUACCCCCCUUUCUCUCUGACUCUUGGGCUUUUUUUCAGAAUUGCGGGAUGGGUUGGCUGUACCUAUUGCCACGCUCCCACACCCUCGCACGCGGAACGGAAGGCGGCCGGCUGUGCAAUCUGACAAAUGGCUGUGGGCGAUGUGGCAGACAGCCACUUGGGGGCUCCAACCAGGUCUCAGAGUCUAGCAGAGCCUCUGAUGAUCGCCAGGAGAAAGAUUUCUCCAACGAACCCGGAACGAGUCCAGUGGAAUGGCAGUCCUUGGUUCGUACCUUGUUGGCAUUCAGCCCUCCCAAAGCCGACAUUCGAAAAGGUCAAAAACAAAGUGAACAAACAAAACCGUUUCCGACUGUUCGAGACAGCCACCAGAAUGGCCGAUAA